CGUGCGCCCCCCUUUCACUCUGCUUUCCUCCUCUCGCAGAGGUACCGCACUACCUUUGAGCGAGGUGUGGUCCAGUGGUGGAGUUCGCCAGCGUGAACCCCUUUUUUUACGAAAGAAAUGGCCGCGAUUCGAAAAAAGCUAGUGAUCGUCGGAGAUGGAGCGUGUGGUAAAACCUGCUUGCUCAUCGUGUUCAGCAAGGACCAGUUCCCAGAACUUUACGUUCCGACGGUCUUCGAAAACUACGUCGCGGACAUUGAGGUGGAUGGCAAACAGGUGGAGCUUGCGCUGUGGGACACGGCGGGACAGGAAGACUACGACCGGCUGCGGCCGCUGUCGUACCCAGACACGGACGUGAUCCUCAUGUGCUUCAGCAUUGACUCCCCGGACUCCCUGGAGAACAUCCCGGAGAAGUGGACGCCCGAGGUGCGCCACUUCUGCCCCAACGUGCCCAUCAUCCUCGUGGGAAACAAGAAGGACCUGCGCCUGGACCCGCACACGAUGCGGGAGCUGGCCAAGAUGAAGCAGAAGCCCGUGGCCCCCGAGGAAGGGCGCGCCAUGGCGGAGAAGAUCAAUGCCUACGGCUACCUGGAGUGCUCCGCCAAGACCAAGGACGGCGUCAGGGAAGUGUUCGAGACCGCAACGAGGGCUGCCCUACAGGUCAAGAGGCCAAAGAAGACGAAGUGCGUCUUGUUCUAGUUUCCCGGUGCCAAGGGCCAGAGGAGCUCCCCUCGCUGCCGUUUCUUCACCGUCGUGCCCCUCUCACCGCCUUCACUGCAACUCUUUCACCAAACAGCCGGCCGAAGGACCUUGUGGACAACUUCUGCCGGAUUAGUCGUCUGCCGCGGUCCUUUUCCCGAUUGCGGAAGGGAUGGGGCAUCACUUCCACAGAGUGGGGUUGCCAGUCCUUCGGAGGACGGCCGAGGGUCGGUGGGAAAGUUUGACGCGCAUUCUGCGGGUGUUGGGAAAGCUACGCGAUCGUAGGCUCGCCGCAAGGCGCCGCAUUCUGGAAGUUGCGCGUCGUUAGCGGGGCUGCAAGUUCCGUGGAGUUGCGGCAUUUCGGGGGACUUUGGGGUAUCUCACACUCUCCAGGUCUCAAAGCGUUUAGUCAGGAAAGAAAGUGCAAACUUGGGGUCGCGUUUAUCCCGGAAGGGGUGGGUCUUUAACCGGAGAACCGUUUGACGGCGGGGUGGGAGCUUGGUGCAUUGUUGGGGCGACGCGACACCAAAUGUUUGACCAAUUGUGGAAGAUUAAAACGUGGGAAAGAGUUAUAUAUGCUAGCAGCCUUUCCGACGACACGCCAUUGUUGUGUUUGCAAUGCCUUCCAUCUCGUCUCCACUCGCUAGGGCUGUUCUCGCUCGAGUGGACUGCACUGCCUUCGUUGUACAGUGUUCGCGGCGACACCCUCCCCGUGCAUUUGCCAGUCGCUGCGCUGCCCAUUGGGCGGUUUUUGGAUGGGCUUGUGGCUGUGUGAUAAAAUCUCCUUUCCAAACUAUACCCGAAAGUAUUGAUCGUUUUAAUGGCACCCACGCUGCCGAAAACACAAUUGGGUGCCGGCCUUUGGUCGAGAAGCUUUCGAUGCACAAUUGGGUUUUAACUCUUGCGUGGCCGAUAAAAGAAAUAAUAGCCGCAGUGGGUUUCUUUUACUUGGCCAUUUGGUCAUGUUCGAGCGUGUUUCUGUUUUCAGACAGUGGCUUGCUGUGACCGCACAUUUUUUUGUUCUUUUGAGGUGCAAGUAUUUUUUUUUGUAUAUGUACAUAAAACAGUUUCUCUUUUACGUCUGCUGGUCCCCUGUCCUCCAUUUAUAAUUUUAGAUGAUAAAAUUUUAGAACACAUCUACUCUCGUGUCGUUAAUUUUCUUAUUUCGAGACCUUUUUCGAUUUGCUCGGUGGGGCUCGAGAAGAAAACUGCUUUUCUGAGAGUCUCGCCUGUUGACGCUUCCUCGUCUCUCUCUUGACCGUUCAUCUCGAGUUGUGUGCACAUUCUUGAGAUUUUACUAAAGCAGUCUGACCUUGAUAAUGUUUUCCCGUUGAUGUCAUAAAGAGCAAAUGGAACUGGAUAUUAACGAGUGUAGAUCCACAAUAAUACCUGUCCUCCUAACAAAGGUUUGACACUGGAAUCGGUAUCUUGGUACUAUACAUAUCUUGGCGUAUACAUAGCCAACAAUCUUUCCUGGAACACUCGGACUGAGUGUGUAAUCAACGAUGCUAAUUGCAUCCUAGGCUUCUUGAAAAGGAACGUCUCUCCGGACUUCCUGUCCCUAAAGCUACUCCUUUUUAAAACAUUUGUAUGUGCUGCAGCUAUCUGUGACCCCGCAAAAACAAACUCACUAUCACUAGAAUCCGUUCAAAACUGUUCUGCCCGAUUCAUAACUCUCGCUGCACAUCUAGUGUAUCGGCAGUGAAAACAACCUUGGGUUUGCUCGACCUUUCGCUUCGCGGGAGAGUAUUGAAGUUCUUUUUAUUUCGAAAGGUCUAUCGUCGUAACCCAGUCUCUUAAAAGAACACUCUGGACUCUCAUCGAAAUAAGGUCCCCAGUGUCGGUCAUCGCGUCUUUCCCGCCCACGACAUUGCUGGUAUUGGAACUGCCUUCCCGCACAGUUAUUGUCGGCCGAAUGUAAAGGUGCUACUUCCAAUUUUGUUCCGAUUAGCUAUGUUUUCUUUUUAUGCCCAAUUUUUGUUUUUAUGUACGCUAUUCGGACAUCCUGGCCCCUCUGUAAUGCCUUGGAGGAAGCAGACGAUUCCCGUGCCUCUCGCGAGCGUCGACACUAUUUUCUACGAAGAGGAAGUGGUCCAGCGUCUCUUCUGGUGUGUGUAUGCUAGGCCUCCUGUAACUAUCGUUAUUAAAGCAUACUUUUUGGUC